CUUCUCCAACAUAUGUAAGUUUAUGUUUUCUGCAGAAGCCGUUUUCAGACACAACAACACACUCUCUCUGUUUCUCUCUAGAAAGAGAGAGAGAAAUACAAAAUCAAACUUUUUUUUCUUCUUCUUUUGGCUACAAGAAGAACCUUGCGGCGCACACACACACACACACAGAACACAAAAUACAAUCGUUGUUCAGCUUCUCUCUCUCUCUCUCUCUUCUUUCCCAAAAAAAAACCCGAACUCUCUCUCUCUCUCUUCUUUUUCUUUAUCCUCUUCGUUCUUUCAAAAAACAGAGCAAAGAGAUUGAUCAUCAAUGGGGAAGAAAGACGAGAAAGUCGAAGCUGUUCUUCAUUUGGUCAAGAAACAAUCUCCUCCACUCACUUUCAAACAAGAGAAGUUCUGUAACAGAGAGUGUGUUGAGAGAUUCUUGAAGGUUAAAGGAGAUAAUGUGAAAAAAGCAGCGAAACAUCUAAUCUCAUGUCUUUCUUGGAGACAAAACUUCGAUCUUGAGCGAUUGGGAGCAGAGGAGUUCUCGACGGAGCUUGGAGACGGUGUAGCUUACAUCGCCGGUCACGACGGAGAGUCUAGACCCGUUAUUGUUUUCCGGUUUAAGCAUGAUUAUCAGAAGCUUCGUACCCCAAAACAGUUUACGCGUUUGGUGGCGUUCACGAUGGAUACUGCGAUCUCAAGCAUGACCAGAAACGCUGAACAUAGCGUUGUUCUUCUCUUCGAUGCAAGCUUUUUCAGAUCAUCCUCUGCAUUUGCAAAUUUGCUUUUGGCGACUCUAAAAAUCAUCGCAGAUUAUUACCCAUGCCGACUUUACAAAGCCUUUAUCAUCGAUCCUCCCUCUUUUUUCUCUUACAUUUGGAAGGGUGUUCGUCCUUUUGUGGAACUCUCAACGGUCACGAUGAUAGUGUCGUCGCUAGACUACGACGAAUCGCUAGAUAUCAGCCACGUGUCAUCACAUCCUAGAUCAGUAUCCUUAAGGUUCGAUGCAUCGUCGAUCAAAUCAACGGCCACGGUUGUUGGUUCAGCUUCUUCAAGAUUCGCCUUCACCGUAUCUCACAACUCUUUGAAGCCGUGGUACCUUUCCUUCACCAACACGUCACCUUACAACGCCGCCGCUCAAGUUUCUCCUCUCAGCAGCGCACGGUUGCUUUCUUUCACGUCUCCGGCGGCGCGUGGUGGUGGUAUCAAAGACGCGAAACCAGCCGCAUGCAGGAAGAGUCUGUUUUCAUCAACCCCGUUGCCGGAAAAGACGAAGACGGAUUCGUACAGGAAAACUCCUCGUCCGUCGUUUUUCCAGUCUCCGGCGAUGUUCUUUCGCCGGGAGAACAAUGUUUCCGGAGGAGGAGGGGAGAAGACACGUGAAGUGUUCGUACCGUAUCUGAAGUUUUACCGGAGACCGUACGACGAGACGGCGUAUAGGUCUAAGCUGAGAGGCCCACGUGGGUUUGUGUCAGUCGUGUCUUCGCACAGAAGAUGUCGUCACGUGUCUCUAUCUCAACGGUUUUAAUUUCGAAAGGACGAGAUUAUAAAGUGAACUGAGUAUAUAACAUCCAUGAUUUGAUCGAUCUGUUACGAGUACUCUUUUUCUUGACUGUUAGCAUUUAGCAAUUUUGUUUCCCUGAUAUAUUAACCAUUGAGCUUAUGAAAGCAAUUUAUUUCAA